GGGCAGGAAAUAGCGCUCUCCAGACGUUCUCGCGCUUUCUGACCUCUUUACUCACGACGGACUGAAUGACUUCGAACGCAUAUUAGAGUAGCGCCCACCAGAGCAGACUAGCGCCCGCCUGUUUAUAGCACUCAGUAACCCACUGUCUACCGACUCGCUCAUCUUCCUAAACUCUUGCCCACACCAUUUAUCUUACCUCUUCCCCCAUCUUCCCUGUCCCAUCUAUCUUCCCUGUCCCAUCCCAUUAGAAUAUACACCCUUAGCCUCCGUGACAGUGACAGCGGGAGUAGAUCCCUCCUAUCGAUCAGCGAGGUCCCCAUUCGGACAAUAGAAGUACUCUUUUGGCGAGCGAAGCACUCUUUCAAACAAGCGAAGCACCUUCAUGGACAAGCGAGGCAUUUUGAAUAAGCGAAGCAUGUUAUCGGUCAGACGGAGGACAGGUUCGGACACGCCACCGCAUUUCCGCCGCCGCAAAUCAGCCCCUUCAUCGACGAAUGCGGACAAUCCAUCGACAAAUCCAGACAACCAAACGACGGAAAAGGCAGAAGCCAAGACGGGACAUCCACAAAGGACCACCUACAUGCGGUUGUGACUCCAAGGGGAUGCGUCCAUCGCGUGCUUCAGAGUUCAUCAUCCCAAAGUCACGGUUGCAUGCAAGUUGCAUGACGGCCUCGAGGACUGACGAAAGGCGCUUCGCGAGAUGGACUUCGCAGUAUCCCGGCUAUCUCCACGACAGAACACCGUCCAUCCAGAUUGCCUACUCCUUCUCCCCCUGAGCGCAGGCGUAGACAUCGAUAUCGGCUGGAGACCACAAGACAUUCAUAAGCGGCGACCUGCGCAGUCAAUUACCUCGCCUGGCCACGGUAGUCAAUCACCUCGCCAGCUCGAACAACCCUCGCCUUCACUCAACUCUAACAAGCUGACCUUCAGUCUUGUCAGCACCUCAUGAACGCCACGCUGGUCUCGUACAUGUACACAUUCAGAUACCGUACGUACAUGAAGGCUAGGUC